CUCGGUAACUCUUCCGUCUCAAAAUGGCGGAGUAUGUGAACCUCGUCCGAAGGGCUUUUGAACAAAUAAGAGGUCACGGCGGAAUCCGAGGGUUCUGUCUCCAGAUAUUGAGGGUGCAAGAUGGGAAGGUGGGACCCCUGAUUGGUGUGGAUAAAUAUGGAAAUAAAUACUACGAGGACAAGAAGUACUUCUUCGGACGUCACCGCUGGGUGAUCUACACCAAACAGAUGAACGGGAAGAACACCAUGUGGGAUCUGGACGCCAGCAUGGUUCCUGCCGAGUGGCACGGCUGGCUGCACUGCAUGACGGAGAACCCCCCCACCACACACCCGCCGGUGCCCAGGAAGUUCCUGGCGCAGGUCCAUCAGUUCAACGUGAGCGCCGACCCGGAGCGCUACGUUCCCUUCCCCACCACCAAGAAGAAGAUCCACGAGUGGGUUCCGCCCACAGCCGGAGCUCAGUGAACUCCCCCUGCACUUUGUUAGUAAAUUAUGGUUUCCUGCCAACAAUGUCCUGAAUAAAAAUCUCUACACAGAAAUUCA